AUGGUAUCGCUGUUCAGUUUUCUUCUGGCCAGCAGCCUCGUGGUUGCAGCCCAGGCUCUGGACCUGCGCCUCAUCACGCACAACGUUCGUCAGCAGACAGCCGAUCUGGGCGAGGGGGAGAAGGACUGGACUGAAAGGGUCGGUCCCAUGGUGGCACAGCUGAGCCACGAGGUGGCCGGCAACCCGGACACGCUCAUGUGCUUCCAGGAGGCCAAGCACGGGCAGGUGGAGGACCUGAAGAGCGGGCUGGGCAACGGAUGGGAGUACUACGGUCAAGGUCGCGAGGGUGGCGAGGCGGGCGAGUACUCCGUCAUCUUCUACCGGCCGUCGGCGUUCGAGAUCCUCAACAGCACGACGUACUGGCUCAGCGAGACGCCCGAAGAGGUCUCGAAGGGGUGGGACGCGGCGUUCGAGCGCAUCGUCACCGUCGUCCGAUUCCGGAACAAGGCCUCGGCCAAGGAGUUUGUGCACAUGUGCACCCACUUCGACCACAAGGGCACCGAGGCCCGCCAGAAGUCGGCCCAGCUCAUCCUGGGAUUCGCCUCUGACUGGUCCGACGGAGACGGCACCCCCGUCUUCAUCGGCGGAGACCUCAACGUCGACCCGGAGAACGAGGCCUACGCCACCCUCACCUCGGAGCUGUCUGACACCUUCGACCAGGUGUCCGGGGACCGACACUACGGCUACAACAACACCUUCACCGGCUUCAAGACCGGCCAGGAAGGACAGCGCAUCGACUACAUCUUCUCCAAGAAUUCCCAAGGCAUCAAGUUUGUGUCGUUUGCCAUCCUGCACACCUACUACAACGAUUUUUUCACGUCCGACCAUCGUCCCGUGGUCGUCGACGCCAUUGUGUCUUGA